AUGAAGUUCACUCUCGUCACCGCUCUCCUCGCCGGCGCCGCCGUUGCUGUCCCUACUGCCCCUAUCCACCCUCACAACGGCACAGUUGAGGAGAGAUCCCUGAACAAGCGUCUUGACCCUCUUACCAUCGCCAUCAUUGGUGGUGCUGCCUCUGCCGUUGUCGGUGUUUCCGCAACUGAGGCUCUCAACACCAUCAAGAACGUUGCCGAUUGGACUGCUGCUCGUGAGGCUUUCACCAAGGCUACCACCGCCGAGAUGUCCAGGCGCGCUAAGCCCAACGAGGCCGCUGUCUGCUACAACAUGGGCUACAAGGUCUCCAAGCCUAACCAGAUGCGCGAGCUCACCUCUGUCCGCUUGAAGUCUGGUGUCCUCAACACCGACUAUGACUGCUUCUUCAUGUGGGGCCCUGACAACCACUUCAACUCUGAGGGUGACGGUGGUUACAUCAACCUCGCUGUCAUGGCUCCUGAUUCAUGCCCCUUCGACAGCAAGACCUCCGACCUUUACUGCCAGUAG